AUCUAAGACCACAUCACACGUUGCUAAUUAGGCAGUGUGAGCGAGCGAGCGAGAGCGAGAGAGAGAAAGAGAGUGAAGCAGAGCGAGAAAGAGUGUAGUCUCUACACAUUCGUCAGUGGACCGUGAUCACUUCACAUCUCUCCUCUGAGCACAUGUACUCUCACUCGCCCUGAGACACACACAGAGAGAGAGAGAGAGGGAGAGAGGGAGAGACAGACAGAUUGACAGAGACGUAGCCAGAAGACAGACGCUGAAGGAGGUCAAAGGUUUCAAGGGGACUGAAGUGGCAUGGCUCAGGGUUCUGACAAUAACGACACCAGUUACACCAAAUCUCCUUCACCAGGCAAUAAACAGGGUUCUACGGACGACGUCAGAAAAGUGAUGAGGAGAGAAAAGAACCGGAUUGCGGCGCAAAAGAGCCGAAUGAGACAGACUCAGAAAGCAGACAGUCUGCAUCUGGAAAGUGAAAAUUUGGAGAAAGAAAACGCGGCACUCAGGAAGGAAGUGAAGAGACUCACAGAAGAAGCAAAAUAUCUGUCCACCGUCCUCAGCAACCACGAGCCGCUGUGCACGGGCCUGAGCGGCGCGUCCCCGGAGAUGCUGUACGGCGCGCAUCACGGCGCGUUCCACCAGCACAUCAGCGUGCCGCACUACCCUCUCUGACCGACAGAGGCCGCCAGAGCUGCGCCCUCGAUCCGCCUAUGAACGGCAGUCAAUGAACUUUGGUUUAGUCAUUGCAGUGAUCUAAAAAUCGACUACUUGGUAAUGACUAUGAGAGAAAAUAAUAAUGUUAUGAUUUUGGUGACAAUGAUAUCUAAAUGUCAUUUUUUCUAUCAUUUUAAUAGGCCCUUGUCCUUGAACAAAACUAAUGCAAUCUUUUAAAUGUUUAAAUAACAUGUGGGUAAAAUGCAAACAUGUUUUUAUUUGUAGUGCGCAACGUUGCAGAGGGUGCAUAAUAAUGACACAAUGAAUGUUUUCAAUUUAAAUUCCUUUAGAUGCCAGUCGACUUAUUCAUAUGAUCAAUUAUUUUAAUCUAUUUCUGUGAAAUGUUUAUGAAAUGACUGGAUUAGAUUCUAAGAAAAUGAUGUUGAGUAUCCUAUUCACAAAUACUGUGUGCGAAUGUUUUUCUAUAAGACUCAUUUAAGAGAUCAAACAUUCUGAAUGUACUUUAUACUCACAAUUAUAAUAGAUUGUUUUCAAUCCAGAGGUGCAAAGAACUGCUGUGUUAUAUCUCAAAUGUGGAGGAGAGAAAAGAUUUGUAUUGGUGAUUGUCUAAGAUCACAUGUGAACAACUAAAUAAAAUAUGUACAAAAUACAAUACCCAUUUCUUAUGCUGAAUGGACUGUGCAUGUGGGUUAUAGGUUAUGUAUAUCUGUGUGUGUGC